AACCUGCAGCCCAAUAGCAUCCUCAAACUGGUCGAGAGUUAUGUUCAGAACAAGUCCAAGCAACUGAGGAACUACAGUCACCCUGGAGCUAUCGAUAGUCUCGUCCAGUACCACCGUCUCCUCCUUGUUGAUGACUAUUCUUAUGGCAGGUGGGGUACGGCAGGGCAGGAGUACAAACUCUGCAGUGUGACCAAGUGCAGAGCAGUCGACUGUGUCACAAGGUUCGGUUGUGUCUGCAGUACACGUGAAGACCUCAGCAUUGGCAGCUAUUUCCUCCAACACGGAACAUGUAGUGUUCUUGCCAUC